AUGCGACCUUGGACACAUUUGAUACGCUUUGUUGCCUUCGAGGAUGACCAAAUCCAUUUAGGUCAACUAGUCGACCCAACGCGUGAUGUCGGCCUAGACUCUGUCAAUGGAGUUCCCAUCUAUGCAUUUAAAGUAGACGGAAAUGUAUACAAUGGCAGGGUGACAGAAAAUAUUCUUCAAGUCCGCAAGGUUUGUCAGGCUCUAUCUCAGAAGGCAUUACAUAGACUCAGUGUGUCACAGCUACUCUCACCUAUUGUUCCAGAGGAGUGUCCCUACAUUCGCUGCAUUGGUCUCAAUUACAAGCUUCAUGCACUGGAGGCCGGCAUGUCAAUUCCCACCGUCCCAGCCCUUUUUUCGAAACCCCGUACCUCUAUCGCCAAUCCGUACCCAGGUACCAUUAAUAUCCCAAAGAUUGCCCAAGACAACUCAAGCGAUUAUGAGGCAGAGCUUGUCAUUGUGAUCGGAAAGUCAGCUCGGGACAUUACCGCCGAACAGGCUCCUGGGUAUAUUCUUGGAUACACCGCUGCCAACGAUGUUUCAGCGCGAAAUGAGCAGAUGAAAACUCCAAUGCCUUGCUUCUCCAAGGGCAUGGACUCCAGCUGUCCAUUGGGCCCUGUUUUGGUCUCCACGGCCAUUAUUUCUGAUCCCCAAAACUUGAAAGUCGGCGCCAUUUAUAAUAGCAGAACGGUUCAAGAGGGCCAUACCAGUGACAUGAUUUUCGGAGUGUGCGAACUCAUUGCCUAUUUGUCCCAGGGGACUACCAUUGAGCCUGGAACAAUUAUUCUGACUGGGACCCCGCCAGGAAUUGGAUACUUCCGGUCCCCUAGAAUAUUCCUUGGAGAUGGAGAUGAAAUCCGAAUUUAUAUUGAGAAAAUUGGGUCCCUUAUCAACAAAGUUCACUAUGAGUAA